AACAUCUAACGAUACAGGAGCAUUUUAUCCAGCCUCGUCCUCCCUCUAACGCACCCUCUGCCUCCCUCCGUGUGGAUCUGGAGCCGGACUGCUCACUGCGGAGGCUGGUCCGUCUCCUCCACCUGCCUGCUGCGGUUACAGCUCAUCGGUACAGUAAAUCGUGUCCUGACGGCACCCCGGGACAGAUGACAAUUUCACACUUCCCCAAACCAACCACUGCCUUGCCUUUCCGCCUCUCUGCUUGAAAUUGCGGCUCUCUGUCGGGUUUUUGUAGCUUUCUGAGCAGCAAAGUUGCCCAGGAUGGACUCGAAGCGAGAAAAAGAUCACGAUGCAGACUGCGAGAAGAUAACCGCCGUGCUGCUCAAGUCACGUACAGGAGAAUUUGAUUUGGAGUCGAUACUGUUUCUCAAAUUGAGAGGUCUUGGUAUACAUGAUCUUGGAUGCAUCGGGGAGUGUAUAAAUCUGGAGAGACUGGACCUCUCUGGAAAUAAUAUCUCAAAUUUAGCUCCUCUAGCCUCCCUUCGGCUUCUUUCUGUACUUAAUUUGUCUGCCAACAGGAUCUCCAAUUUGGAUCCCCUGCGCAGUUGUGACAGUUUACAGAACUUGAACAUAGCUGGUAAUGUCAUAUCCAGCACUGAGAACCUACACUGCCUUGCUUCUUUGAGAAAGCUUGAAAAUAUACGUCUUAAAGACAACACGUAUAAUUACACUAAUCCAGUGUGCAGGAACGCAUUAUAUAGAACCGUAGUUCUGGAGAUGUUCCCCAACAUCAAGGUGCUGGAUGGUGAAAGAAUUGUCGGACGUGGGAGUGACUUGUACCAGUUAUGCAAAGACAUUGAUGAUACCAUCAAAGCUGGUUUAUACAAGAACGGACAACUUAUUGAACAUCCCGAUUGCAAGCCAUGGGUGGAAGAUAGCUACUGGGAGAUAAAGAGGUCAAACAAUGCCAUUAUUGAAGAAGCCUACAAACAGUUCAACGAUGUUCUUCAUGAAUGCAGACUGCUCAACAACAGAGCCACUCAUGUAAUUUCACAAACUGAAAGAUCCAUGAGCCUGAAGAAGCAGCCAAAGCAGUUUGCCAUCUAAUUUGGGCUAUUUUGGACACAUUUUGUGUGCAAAAUUUAGCAACCUUUUUUGUUGUGCGAUGUACCAUGACUACUGUACUGUAGCUUUUUCAGAUGACCGCAUUAUAUCCAAAGGCUUGAUAAUUUGUCAUUGCCGGGAACACAUGCUCUGUGUUGCAGUGUGUAGCAUUUGUUGAAGUUGUGCGCAUCCUAUGCAUAGGAUGAAACAUGUAAGUGGUUUGAAAACCUUUACCCAUACUGACAUCCCUCAGUUUGGCUCAAAGAUGUCUUUACUUGCACAGUGUGCAUUUUGUACCAUGUUGUACCCUGCUUUUAUGCUGGAAGCUAUGCUGCUUAUGAAUUUCUAUAGGUUUUCGUAAUUCAGAGCUUUUUUCCAUUUUGCAUUGCUGGAUAGUUUGGGGAGUUAAUGUGUCCCAUGCUGUAUGCUUUCCUUGUAAGUUGAGUUUUUGCAAAAAAAAAAUGUGAUUGAAUGAUUGUUGCAGCUGUUUAUACUUGUUUUAUACCAUAGACUUUACUAUGUGUACAGCGAACCUGUGGAAAAUACAAUGCGUUCAAAGGUGUAAAGGUGCACUGUGUCCUUGAUUUUUAGUCAUAUUUAUUUAUGUAGUGUAGUUUAGUUCAACUGAUAUGUGAAAUACUAUAUAAUAUUUGACCACCCAGAGGCAAAGAUCAUGUAUUAUUGAAGCGUUGUAUGGAAAGAAUUGAGCAAUCUGUCGAAGUCCCUCUUGGUGAAAUUAGUCGAGUCCCAGAAACAGUACACUGGAGCCACCUGCUGGUGAAAUUGUACACGCAAAUUUGUUUCAUGUUCGAAUAUGAUCUGAAAAAUCCAGGCCAUGCAUGCUCCAGAUUAGUGAUAUUUACUCUGUUUACAUUUGAUUUAAUUGUUUAUUUUUGCAAGAAUAGUGCACAAUGAAAAGUAUUAACACCAGAUUUAACCAGCAGCUAAUUUACAUCUUGUACAUGUACAUGAAGACUAACCACAGAGUAACAAGUACACUACAAAAAACAACACAAUUCAAGACAAGAUGUUUUUGUGAGAUGUAAAUUGAAGCAGUAAAUACAAUAAAGUCAAUCCAUGGUGGGGA